UUCGAGUUUCGUUCCGAACGCCGACGAUUUCCUUUUUCAAGCCAACUCAUCGGUAUUUUUGACACAAAAUAGUUGAAUUAUGUUUAUUUGUGCGUUAUGAAUUUAUCUAUUUUUUGAAAGUACAUUAAUAUAUUCAACUUAGAAAUGGAGGUUUACUAUCUCGUUUUGAUUAUAAGUGUAUUCUGGCAUGGGUGUAGUGCGAUAAUGUGGAGUUUGGCACCGAACACUCAGAAAUGCCUCAAAGAAGAAUUACAUGCCAACGUACUAGUUGCCGGAGAAUAUGAAAUAACAGAAGCUGCCGGCCAAAGAAUGGACUACAUUGUGCGUGAUUCCAAAGGACACAUUUUAGCACAAAAAGAUGAUAUAAGCAAAGGGAAAUUUACUUUUGUUACUGAAACAUACGACACAUUUGAAGUAUGUUUUAUAUCUAAAGUUCCACAAGAGAGGAGAGGAGUUGCCCAGGAUGUCACAUUAGACAUCAAAAUUGGAAUAGAGGCUAAAAAUUAUGAAGGUAACUCUUGGAUUGGGGAAGCAGCCAAGCUUAAGCCCAUGGAGCUAGAACUGAAGAGAUUAGAGGAUUUAUCAGAAGCUAUUGUCCAAGAUUUCACCAUGAUGAGAAAGAGGGAAGAGGAGAUGAGAGAUACAAAUGAGUCUACAAACAAUCGCGUUUUGUUUUUCAGCAUAUUCUCUAUGGUAUGUCUCCUAGGGUUGGCGACGUGGCAAGUGUUAUAUCUUCGUAGAUAUUUCAAAGCUAAAAAACUGAUAGAAUAACAUUUUGUUAAUUAAUUUAAAAUAUAGUCACACUGAUCAUGUAAGUUAUAAAAAUGCAUUUUGAACAAAGUUUAUUUCCAGAAAUAUUGCAAGCUGAUCUAAAGGUAUUAAUUGUAUAAAUAUAAUUGUAAAAUUAAUAUUAUAAAGCCUGUAUAGAAAUAAAAAUGCUAAAAAAUCACAACAAUAAUUAUAAAUAAAUUGAUGUUUUGGAAGUAAUCAAGAGCAGGUCCAACUAUAAGAAUCUAAUUUCUAAAUCAAGUACUGAACUACAUAUUAUUAUCUAGAAUGCUGAGUGAUGAAUAUUUCUGCAUCUUGUGAUUGUGAUUUAUACCAACCCUGAAAUGUUUUGCAUGUUCCAAGAGGCAAGAACCACUUUUUCUUAAGCUUGUGUGACUAUGUGCUAGUAAUUUUGUGGCUAUGCCACUAUAAAAUAAAGCAGAUUUGUUUACUUAAAAGAUUUGGAUUAUUAUUUUUGUUGUGUGUAUAUGAUCGAAACACUGUCUAAGAUUACAAAAAAAUAUAAAAUCCUAUGGUAUGUA